CAGAUAAACCUUUUCCACUGUGACUGUCCGAACCCGAAGAAGCCAUGGGAGCAGUCACCCUGCUCUUUUCUCCACCACUAUUUUCUCUCAGACCCCUCACCGCAACAACAACAACUGCUACCUCUAACUUCUUCUAUUCUCCGCCGCAUUUUAAGUUCAAGCUCAAACUCAACCCCUUAUCUCCGUCGCCAAACAACAAUUCUUUCGUCAUUCGCGCAGACGAUGGUGACGCCGACGGUGGAGACCCCGAUGACUACGACAUGGACGACGAUGAGCUCGAGGAGGUCGACAACAAGAAAGACUUCGACAUUGAGUACGACACAUUAGCCGGGGCCACCGCAGCAUCAGCCACAAUCGUCGUUGGCGCGGACGAGGACAUUUCCAUGGUGCAGAGCAAGAGCUUCGUCUCGACUCAAGGUUGGGACUCGGAAAUGGUGGUGGAUUACAGGAUUAACGAGGAUGAGUUCCACAAGAUUAGCCUUUUCCAUUGUGAUUUCUUCAUUCGAAAACCCCCAGAUCCAGAUAACGAUGUCUAUGAUUUCAGAGAGAUGUAUGUUACUCCUCCGGACACAGAUGUUUAUGCAGUUCCCAGGGUUCUCGCUCCAAUGCCUCAGAAGUAUAUUCGGUGUGCUAAGAGUGAUUAUGGAUGCUACAAUGUCACAGAACCACCAAUUGAUGCACCUAGAGAUCCAUUAUAUAAAAGUGAUAGAGAGAUCCUCAAGGUUUAUUUGACAAAGCACUACAGAAACCGAAGGUUAGGUGAUCCAGAAUUUGUGCUGGAUUUUGAGGAGAUCUAUGUUAUAGAUUCCAAAACAAAAUCAAUUACCAGAGCAAAAGUUUUGGUCACAAUCCCGGAAGGAAGGAACAGAGAUAGAAAAAAUGACCUUCUUGUUAUACGUGAUAAUGGGAAUUCCUUCAAAAUAGUUCCUUCGAAUGAAAGAGAUGACCCUACCACAGUGAUAGAGAGGGAAGAGUGGACAAAAACUAGACAAGACAUGGAAAGACAUCUUAGGAAGCUAAGGGACUUCAAUGUUUCAAAUUGGUUUUAACAUUCUGGCUGGCCGUGUUAGAUCCAAGACUCGCUUACCUGUCUCAAGCUACUUCUGAUCAUCGUCCUGCUGAGAUCAAGUUAAUGUUGUUACUACUGAGGAGAUGAGCCUGCAAGACAUGGCGGAUUUUUUAGACGAAAUCAUCUCAACAUAAUCGACAAGUGACUACAAGUCAGCCGUCGGAUACCUAUGUCGGAUUUAUAAAUGUCUUAUGGAUGACAUGUUUGAGGUUAAGAAAGCCUAUAAGCUUCAAGCUUCUUGUAGAGUAGAGUAGACUGAGGGUAGGUAGAUUGCUAUGUUGGAUUUAUGACAAGGCUAAUGAAAUUUUGAAUAUUUUUUAAA